AUGACGGCGGUUGAGUUGGGACCCUCCGUAGCGGAGGAGUUCAUUGAGACUGUGGGACGCCUGCCUGUGCUCGAGGAUGAUGAGGGUGAGGUGCCGAACUGGAAAGGCAAAGGCAAAGCGAUAGCACCUCCAGAAAUCGUCGUUUCAACACCGGAGAUCGCGUUGACAACACCAGAGACGAGCGCAAGAGCUUCGAUAUCGGAAGAGGAUGUGGACUGGACCCAGUUUGAGCCCCCGGCGGCGCUCAGAACUGUGCAAGAGGAUAUCGACUCUGAAAUCAUCACGCAGGUUAUUCAAGAGUCUAUCGAUAGAGUGAAGGCGAGGAUCGAAGAAGUGAACGAGAGCCGGAAGGCGGCGGACGAGGCUGAAAGGCUGAAAAAAGAGCAAGCUCUCAAGGCAGAAGAGGAGCAGACUCCCGCCACAGAGGAGCUAGAGCUGGACGUCGACAGUGGAGAGAAUACCGCAACUUCAGCGAACACCACUGUGCCACAAUACUACAGGGUUGAGCCUGGAUCGUUUGCUGGCGUCAAGCUAACAAUAGGACCCGAUGGCCUGCUGCACACAACUCCGCCGCCGAGGUCGAAGAAGCGCUCCUUGAUGGGCCUCCUCCGCCGCUUGAACAAUACCGAACGAGGAGAGUCGAGCGCACAGGGAGCAGCCCGGAAUAAGCUGAAACCAACGAUUGACUUUAAUACCCUGGCUGCGAAGAAGCACUCUGCCGCGGUAUUAGUCAAGAAGGCUGUCACAAGUAGCAGCCCUCAGUCUUCAAUACACGAGGAAGAGGUCGAGUGCGUGUCAUGCCUGGAUGACUUCAGUCCCAAGGACAUGAUUAAGGCCCCUUGUCACAGUUACUGUCAGCCUUGUUUCCGCCGCCUUAUUGAGACGGCUACCCAGAACGAGCAGCAGUGGCCGCCGAAAUGUUGCUUAAACAAUAUCCCGGAAAGGACCAUCAUCUCGAACACGGAUUCUGAGUUGCAGAGGGAAUACCGCCUGAAAGCUGAAGAAUGGGGCAUACCUAUUGGCGAGAGGAUUUAUUGCCCACAGCGGGAUUGUGGUCUGUUCGUCCGGCCGGAUCAGAUCAACUACGGGCUGAGGCUGGCCAGAUGCAGCGCGGGCCAUUGGACGUGUUCCAUUUGCCUUAACCCGCAGCACACUUCCGACGCCUGUCCACAGGACCGCGACAUGCAGCGGACGGAGGAGCUGGCAGAGGAGGAAGGCUGGAAGCGGUGCAUCGGCUGCCGUGCGUACGUCGAGCACCGCGAGGCGUGUCAGCACAUGACGUGCCGGUGCGGCGCCCAGUUCUGCUACGUGUGCGGCGCCCGCUGGCGGACCUGCGCCUGCACCAUGGAGCAGCUGCACGCCCUCAAGCAGAAUGCGGCGAUCCGAAGACGGGACCGCCAGGCCGAGCAGGAGCGCGAGGAGGCCGAGAUCGCCGAGGCCCUGCGGCAGGUGGAGGAGUUCGAGCGCGAGGAGGCCCGCAAGGCCGAGCUGCUCCGCCUGGAGCGCGAGCGCAUCGAGGAGGAGCGCCGGGCCCGGGAGCUCCAGGAGCGCAUCCAGCGCGAGGGCGAGCGGCGGGCGGCCGUCGAGGCCAAGUUCCACGAGCUGCGGGAGAGGUUCGGGGACGUGCACGAGCGCCAGCGCAUCGCCGUGGUCUCGGAGCACGGUGAGGAGCAGAGCGCCCUCCGGUACGAGAGCGAGACGGCCGCGCAGGCGCUCCGGGAGAAGAACAGCGCCGACCGGGAGACCAUGGCCGCGGCGACGGCGGACAUGGUGGCGGAGCGGGAGCGCGCCGUCGGCCGCGACUACGCCGCGCGGGUGAAGCACGAGCGCCAAAUCGAGGACGAGUACCAGCGCCAGCUCGGCGCGUACUGGGCGGGCAAGCGCGGCGGCGAGGAGCAGGCCGAGGCCGCGCUGCUGGCGCUGAGGCGCCGGAUGGACAAGGGCUUCCGGGCAUGGAGGAAGUGGAUGGACAACGAGUUCGAUAACUACCGGUACAUCGUCCAGGAGGAACAGUCCAUCCAGUUCGAGAUGAUGGAGGAAGCCGAGCGGCGACUGGCGCAGAUCAACCAGAGGGACCAGGAGGCGUUUGCGCGGAGGAAGAUCGCGGAAUUGCAGUGGGUCGAUGUUGUCAUCAAGGAGCGGGAGAUGAUGCUCAACGAGAUGGAGGUUGAUGAACUUGAAAACGGGGAAGAUAUCGAGGCAUGGUUUGCAGAGGAAGAAGCACUGAAUGCUGCGGAUGCCAUCGACGAUUUGCAUUCUGAGUAUAGAGUCCCAGGUGCUUUCAGCUAA